UGGCAAUUCAAUCAACCCAAAUCCACCCUCUGCCCGACCCUCUCGUCCAAAACCCAGCGUCCACGGCGAUUUCUCCUCUCCUCUCUCCUCUGCUCUCGCCGAUGCACCGCAUGGCUCACUUCCCGCUGUUGCCGGCUCUAGCGCUGGCGGUCACCUGCGCGUUGGUUCCGUUCACCGUCGCUGACCCGCAGGCUACGCAGCUCAACCUUGGGUGCAGCCAGUACAACGCCACGCCCACGGCCGCCUUCCUCGCGGCCCUAAACUCCACCUUUGCUGAGCUCCGCGCCAACCUCUCCGCCGGCAGCGGCUUCGCCACCGCCGCGGAGCCUCGCGCCGCCGCGCCGGCGUUCGCGUUGGCGCAGUGCCGCCCAUACGUCACCGGGAGGGACUGCGUCGCCUGCUUCGACGCCGCCGCGGCGCGCAUCCACGCCGCCUGCGGGGCUGCUAACGGCGGGCGCGCCAUCCUCGACGGCUGCGUCAUACGGUACGAGAGCGUGGCGUUCUUCGACCAGUCCACCCUCCCUGGCAACACGCAGCGCUGCAACGGCUCCGCCGUGCCCGGCACCGCUUUCGACGGCGCGGUGCAGGCGCUGAUCAACGACCUCGCGGCAGCCGUGCCUCGCUUCCCGCGGCUAGCUGCGGCGGCCGCGGGCACCGGCGUGUACGCGAUGGCGCAGUGUGUGGAGACGGUCGGGCAGGACGGCUGCGCGCAGUGCCUCCAGGUAGCUGCGAGCAACAUUGACCGGUGCCCGCCCAAUUCCGACGGCCGGGCAGUGGACGCCGGGUGCUUCAUGAGGUACUCUGAUAAGCCCUUCUUCCCGGCUAAUGCGACGGCAGACCUGACGCCCUACUUGCGCUCUGGAAAAUCAAGAGGGAAGGGGGCCAUUGUAGGAGCAAUUUUGGGAGGUCUGGCCUUCCUGUUGCUUCUAGGGUUAUUAGCUUUGUUUUGGACCUGGCGGUCUAUGAAGCUAAAGAAGCCUCGAAGAGGUGAUAUACUUGGAGCAACGGAACUGCAAGGUCCAACAAAUUUUAACUAUCACGAUCUUAAGGCUGCAACCAAUAAUUUUAGUGAGAAAAGUAAAAUUGGAGAAGGAGGUUUUGGAGAUGUCUUUAAGGGCUUACUGAAAAAUGGGAAAAUUGUUGCAGUAAAAAGGUUGUCAGUAAUGCAAACUAGCAGGGCCAAAGAAGAUUUUGAAAGCGAGGUAAAGCUUAUUAGCAAUGUUCAGCAUCGAAAUCUUGUCCGGCUUCUUGGUUGUUCUCGCAAGGGUUCUGAAUGCCUCCUUGUUUAUGAAUAUAUGGUGAAUAGUAGCCUUGACAAGUUUCUCUACGGUAAGAGACGUGGAACACUUAACUGGAAGCAGCGAUUCAAUAUCAUCGUUGGCAUGGCUCGUGGCCUUGCAUAUCUUCAUCAAGAGUUUCAUGUGUGUAUCAUACACCGUGAUAUUAAAUCUAGCAAUGUUCUUCUUGAUGAUGACUUCCAACCUAAGAUUGCUGAUUUUGGUUUGGCAAGGCUCCUACCUGAUGAUCAUAGUCAUCUCAGCACUAGAUUUGCAGGAACAUUGGGUUACACUGCUCCUGAGUAUGCAAUCCACGGCCAGCUAUCGGAGAAGGUUGACACAUACAGCUUUGGUAUAGUCAUUUUGGAAAUAAUAAGUGGUCGGAAAAUCAAUGAUACAAGGAUUGAGGCUGAAACACAAUACCUACUUGAAUCGGUAUCCAUCUUCCUUCUGAAAAUCCUCUCUUGGUUCCAUAUAUUGUCCCAUAUGGCUCCAAUGCUUCACAUAACCACUUCACAGGCAUGGAAGCUAUAUGAAAAUGAGGACGUGAUUAAGUUGGUGGAUGGAUCGUUAGAUCACGAAGAAUAUAUGCCAGAAGAGGUAAUAAGAAUAAUAGAGAUAGCGCUUCUCUGCACUCAAUCAGUUGUUGCUUCAAGGCCAACUAUGUCAGAGGUAGUUGUGUUGUUGUUAUCAAGAAAUUCUCCAGAGAUACUACCCACAAGGCCCACUUUUAUUGAUUCAAUAAGUAGAGUGCGAGGAGAAACAUCCACGUCCAAUUCAUCCACUGCAUCCAAGGCCACCGCCUCUAUUUCACACUUAUCAGCCAGGUAAAAGGCGCUGUAUUGUAUAUGAACGCAUCUUUCCCUGUAUGAUAGUGAAAGAUUUGUAUAUACAAUUAUGUAUCUGUAUUUUAUAUAUACAUGAGUGGAUGCUUAUUUGUUAGGAUAUAAGAAAGCGGUGUGAAGUAUUUGAAAUUCCCCUCUUACUCAUGCAACGACUCAAAUAGUCUGAGCAUGUUACAAGGAUGUGCUUUUGCAUGACAUUGCUUAUCCGAGUCCAUUCUUUGUG